ACCAUGAUGUCACUGCUUGGUUGCCUUGGGUAUGUGUGAUAAUAGUUACAUGAAUCCCAGUGCUGUGUGUAUGUUUUGCUUUCAACAUUCAAUAUGGUACUCUAGACAAUGGGUUUGUUAUGAGCUAGAUAUGCUUUGAGUCAGCUACUACCUGGUAUAUACAUCAGAUGUGUAUGUAAUGUGAUACCAUAGUAAUGGGGGUUGGUUUUGCUGAGACUGUGCAUGUGUCUGGAGUUACCUGGUACAGCAGAUACUGUGACUGUAUGAGAUUAAUGAGCUGAGACUGUGCAGUGAGUUACCUGGUACAGCAGGAUGUGUGUGAUGAGAUGGUACACACAUUCCAUUUAUAGCUUUCCAUAACAACUGUACAUUUAUGUAUGUACCUGGGAAAGAACCAUAUAAUGUGUCUGUGUGUCUGUCUGUCUCUCUCCCCUGCAGCUAGGAGAGGGUAAGGAGGUGCUGGUGAAGGUAGAGAGACAGGUGGUCAAGAAGCCAUUCCUGGGUGGCUACAGACACAGAGACACUGGGGUGGAGUAUCACAAUGCUGCUGUUCAGACUGCCCCUCCUCCCAGACCUCAUCCUGGAGUGGACAGAUCUGAGCGGGACACCCAGACUGUGGCCACCAGGAACAGGUACCAGCAAGUGUCUGUUGACGCUGCCACUCAGAUGGACAAGACAGGACACUACAUGGACGACAGAGAGGACAGGAUUAUAACAGCCGGGCCUUACGAACUAGCAGACGACUAUCACGCUAGGAUACUAGCAAAGGUGAUCCUCCUCCAGAGCUACUGGCGACGGUGGUUGUCACGGCGAUACGUGGACGCCCUGCGGAGGGAGCGACGAGUGAGACGAGAGUGGGAGAGAGAGAGGGAGGAGGAGAGGAGGAGGGAGAGGGAGGAGAGGGAGAAGAGAGAGUUUCGGCGACGGAUGAACCCCAGGACAAAGGAAGACUUUGAGCUCCUUUACCACGCUCUGGAGGGUGAGGGAGACUGGUCAUGUGACUAUCACAUGACUGAGCAAGUUGUCACGUGA